AAAUAUAAUGGCAACACUGUGGUCGCCAUUAAUAAACUUCCAUCCGUGUCGGACAUUUAGUGUUAAUUAUUAAUUACGGACAUUUUAAAGUGAUUAGUUGAUUAUCAGACUCGCCAGACUUUGUGUAGUGAAACUGAUGUGAUUUAUUUUGUUACUUUUGUGCGCAAAGACUUCCCUGAGUGCUAAAUUUCUCGAAAUCGCGGCCAAUGUCAGCAGGCGUGUCAGAUCAGCGGAUGAAAGGGCAAGGGAACCAAGUGACAAAUGCACCGAAAGAGCAACAGUUAGAGAGUGGCGGCGACGAGUUGGCGGAGGUGUCAUGGCGUCAACAACAGCAACCUUCCUACGCACCGCCCAUCUCGUCAGCGGCCGACCCCUACAGCGCGGCAGGUUAUUACGGUACAACAGCACUUCCUUAUCAAGCUUUUGGAGUUGGGGAUGGGACAUGGUCCACCAAUGGAACAGACCCGAUGACUUUCCUCGGAGGAUACAAUCCUCACGAUUCUUAUGGAAUGGAUGGUAGUGUAUUUGGACCUUCAACAACUGCUUUCUCAACUGCUGCAUUUGGUCAGCCAGGUUCAACUUUUAAUUAUUUCCAUGGCAAUGGAGAUUAUUCCACAUGGGGUCAGUUGGGUCGCGCAAAACAGUACGAUGAUUACUACAGGGCCGAUGGCCUGUACGUGCCUGAUGGCAUCAAGGCAGUUGAGACGGGAGUACAGGCGCUCUCUCUCGGAGAGCAUAAAAUGGACAAAGACCGGGCUUCAGAGCUCAAGGACGUAUCAGGUGGAUCGCAACCCAAAAAGAUGACAUGGGCAUCGAUCGCGAGCCAACCUGCCAAACCUGCUCCGUCUUCUCAGAGCACUGGACUCAAGAAAAAAGGACCGGGGAUGCCCCCUCCGCCCAUAAUACCCGGCAAACAUAAUUUAGAAAUAAAUGCGUGGGAUGCUGGCAAGAGUGCACCUGUUGUCACGGCGCCGCCUCCACCACCGUUACAACCUCAGCCAGUGCCCCCAGCGGUGCCGCUUCAAACGGCUCCACCGGCGUCGACGCCAGCUUCACUGCAGCGCGGCCCCCCACCACAGCACCAGGCACCGCCCGCGUGGGCCCACGCUCCGCGGGCGCCACCACCACAUCAGCCGCACCAGGCGCACCAACCGCAUCAGCCGCAUCAACCACAUCAGCCACACCAGCCUCAUCAGCCACAUCAGCCACGUCCGCCGAUGCCUGCGCCUCCUAUUGCCGCUGCGCCGCCAGUACAAACAAGUCCGGCUACACCUCAUCCUGUACUUGACGAAUUACGCGUCAAGAACGAUUAUAAUCCUAAGGAGUUUGAUUUAAGUGCUCCACUCGCCCGAUUUUUUGUCAUUAAGUCCUACUCGGAGGAUGAUAUCCACCGUAGUAUUAAGUAUGAAAUUUGGUGCAGUACAGAACAUGGCAACAAAAGACUAGAUGCUGCAUAUCGCGAGCGCGAACGGGAAGGAGGUGUAGUCUAUUUGUUCUUUUCGGUAAAUGGUAGCGGCCAUUUUUGCGGUAUGGCACGCAUGACGAGUGCAGUCGACUAUAAUUCUAACUCAUCCGUAUGGUCGCAGGAUAAGUGGAAGGGACAAUUUCGAGUUAGGUGGAUUUAUGUUAAAGACGUUCCGAAUGUGCAACUUCGUUAUAUCAAAUUAGAGAAUAACGAAAAUAAACCAGUUACAAACUCUCGUGACACUCAGGAGGUUCCACACGCAAAAGGCCUUCAAGUGUUGCGUAUAAUGCAUAGUUAUUGUCACUCGACGUCUAUUUUUGAUGAUUUUAUUCAUUACGAACGGCGUCAGGAGGAGGAGGACUCGCGGAAGGUGCCACAUCAUAAUAACCAGGACAAUAAUCGUGACGAUCAUGAGAAUGGGCGCGGUUAUCGUAACUAUCGCGACUACCGCGAUCAUCGCGACGGCCGCGACGGUCGAGAUGGACGGGAUCAUCGCGAUAAUCGUGAGCCGAGGGACCACCGCGACUCGCGGGAUGGCCGCGACAAUCGCGAUAAUCGUGAUCCUCGUGAUAUUCGAGAUUCGCGCGACCACCGCGACUCUCGUGAUCCCCGUGAUCCUCGUGAUCACCGGGAUCAUCGUGAUCAUCGCGAUGAUCGUGAUGGACGAGACAACCGCGAUCACGGGUAUCGUGAUCGUGACUCCAAUUACAGACCUCAUCAUAAGGACCGUGACGGGUCACGCGGGCGUGGACGUCCUCGUAAUUGAUUGGAUGCCUAUACCAUGUGAGAACAAUUUGAGGACUGGCUUCUCCCCAUAGACAACUAGUACUCGAGUUAAUAAUUGGUACCGUAUUACAAAGCAGAUAAUAUUUAUGUAUGUUUAGCCGCAUACAUGAGCAGCAAAGAUGCAUCAAUCGUAAUGUGACCCAUGUUGCGUCAAUCUGAACAAUUUAUAUAUAACAUAGAGUAUUGAUUGUUUUAAACAGUGCAACGCUAAUGGAAAAACUUUCAACAAAUUAAAAUGUGCUAAAUAUUUUGUACUGGAUGAACGUUUAAUUAAACAAACGCAUAGUGAACCGAACAUUAACAACAUUCAUCAUGUGCCAGUUACGUGGCACAUGACGUUGAGUGAAUUGUGGACUUUAUUUCAAAUUUGUGGACUGAAUCAAUAAAAUAUAGUAAUUUUUAUAACUAGGAAAUUCUGUGGUGAGAGGAGUUGAUCCUUUUUAGGGACCGGUGGAGUUAAAUGAUAAAAUUAACAUCAAUAUGUUGUGCUCAGUUAUGAGUGUAGUGUUAAAACAAUACCAUGAUCAUCAGUGUCUUCAUCAACCUAAUAAAAAUGUUAAUACAUUUUACCUAUAUCAAUGGUGUGGUGACCUAAUACUUUUAUAUUACAGAAAUAUUGUAAUCAAAGAGGUGAGGACAUUUUGUAUACAUUUUUUUAAUACCAAUAACAAAACCAGUUUGUGUAUUCUCUCGUGGCAUUGAGUUCCAUAUUCUACAUACUGUAUUAUAUAACAUUUUGUUGUAAAAAUAUUAAUUUUGAGUGACAUGUAAGUAAUACAAAAAUAACAGUUUCAUUAUUACCAGAAAUAAAAAUCAUUGUGAAGUAUAUUGAUAUGAUUUCAGAAUUUUAUUUUCUUAUGUUUUUCUUUAGUUGUAGGUUAAACUAUGUAUUGUUCUCCAUUGAUUUUUAGAAGAUGUACAUACAUAUUGUCUUUAUUAUAUGCUAUUUGUAAGUGCAACUACAGUGUGACGAGAGAAAUUUGACGAACGAUGUAUCAUCCACUUUAUCAUUCAAUAUACUUAUUAUAUGUAUAUUAUUAUAUCCCCACCUUAAUUUUUAAAGUGCCUUUUGAAUUGUUUAACUUGGAUUUCUUUGACUCGAUUAGACAUCUAGAGCUAGUGCCACACAAUUUAUUUUUUUAUCGUCAAUUUAAAUAAUUUGUAGUUAGGAAUUUGCUGAUGCAUUCUAUUUUUUUUUUUUUGUUUUAAUAUUUUAGUUUUAUCGUGAUAUUAUAUAAAGGAAAUUAAUUUUCCAUAAUCACGCAUGAAGUGUUGAUUUAUAAAAAUUAUGUCGAACCAAUAUAACGUUUUCCUAAAACUGAUACUGGAUUAAAGCCUAUCAUAGAUCUUU